GCUCGCAGCGGAUCACUUCGGGGACAAGAGAGACGCUCGGCCAACGCCAACAGAACCAGAGCCGCAACAUGUCGGAGCCCAAAUACCGAGAAUGGAUCCUGGAGACCAUCGACUCCCUGCGCUCGAGAAAAGCCCGACCGGACCUGGAAAGAAUCUGCCGAAUGGUCCGAAGAAGACACGGGUCAGACCCGGACAACACCAGGGCUGAACUAGAAAAACUGAUCCAGGAGCAAACUGUGCUGAAAGUUAGCUACAAGGGCUCCAUUUCCUACAGGAACGCCGCGAAAGUGCAAAGAAAAUGCAGAAAGAGAAGCGAGCAAAGCGAGUCCGCGCGCGAGCAAACCAAACACGCCAGUUUCAAUAACAACGGCGACAGCGCGCUCAGCCUCACGGACCAAGAAGAGGAGUGCGAAGAGGAGGAGAAGAAGGAGCAAAGUGCGGAGAGCUUGUGUUCUCCUGAACCCCUGCCUCCUCAAACCUCGCCCUCAAAUCUCGAAAAGGAAGAAAAGAUUGAAACACAGCCGAGCGGAAACUGUUUCCUCAGUUGCGGCGCGACGGUGUGUUCCGCGGGGAGCGUGAAAGCAAGUGCGUCGAAGGACAAGAGAUUAGUCACCGAGGCGGUGGGGACCAGCGGUGCUUCAGGAGGCGAGACGCGCGGCGCGGUCCAUGAAGGAAUCGAUAACAAAGAUGAAGAAGAGGAGCGGAAAACUUGCUCGAGUAGUCCGGCCGCGACUAACAAGCCCCCCGCCUCCCCGAAACCCAAACUCAAGGGCUCUGCUGUGCGUGCCUCGGAGUCUGUGGAUGAAAGCAGUGCUGAUUUAGGCGAUAGACUGGUUGCCGCGGUCCGAAGUCUGUCCCGGGGCUCCGCCGCAACACGGGGCCACGCGCCACCGGGGCUGAAUGACAUCCUGGGCUUCCUCAGCACACAGAGCGGGAUGCCCGGGGAAAAGCUGACCCGCAACCGCGUUAAAGUGGUGCUGGAGCGCGAGCUCGAGAGGGGUCGCCUGCGCAGGACGCGUCUCGGCCACAUCGCUCUCCACGCGAGGGCCAACAAGCCUCCGUCCGCGCGACUCCUGAAGAGCGCGCUGCAGGACAGACAUCUCGCGAAAAAGG